UGCCAAGACAAUCAACCAAUUCUUGUGAUUUUCAUUAAAAAGUGUCAUCUUCAUUCUCCAUAGUCCUUUUCUGUUCCCUCUUAUUUUCUCUCUCCUCAUCUGCAUUUCAAUCUUUCUUUCAAUUAAACAAAAUGAUUUCCAGUAAAUAAAAUUACACAAUAAUUUAAUUGCUUGAAAAAAAAAGUUGGAUAUGACAAGUACCCACGAUAGCUUCUGCCUUCUGGAAUGGACUAGUUCACCUCAAUCAACAUCUAUAUAAUUCUUUCAAAUUUCUAAUUGUGAACUCUCCUUGAUUUUAUUUUGUUCAUUUUUCUUUAGUUUUCUUUUUUUCCAAUUUUAGUUCAAUUUUUCUGGGUUUUUCUUGGUUAAAUUGAUUCAAUUUUUGGGCUAAUUUUUCUGGGCUCACCCCAGUUCAUCUAACUGGGGGAGCUCACACCGCAAUAACCCCAAUAAUCAAGUGCAUUAAUAACGGUCAUCUCUCUCUCUGUACAAGCUUACUGGUUGCUUAAAUACUACCUUAUUCUACUGCAUUUCUCACAGAUUUUCUGGGUUUAUCAAAUUAUCAAAAAGGUUGAGAUUGAAGUAGACAGAAUUCUGAGUUCUUACAACCAUGAAGGGAGCUGUUCUUGUUGCUUUGACUGCUACCAUUGGCAAUUUCCUGCAGGGAUGGGAUAAUGCGACUAUUGCUGGGGCUAUUCUUUACAUAAAGAAAGAACUCGAUCUAUCGACUUCCAUGGAGGGACUUGUGGUGGCAAUGUCUCUGAUUGGAGCCACGGCUAUCACAACAUGCUCGGGGGCCAUAUCAGAUAGUGUUGGUCGACGUCCUUUGCUGAUAAUGUCUGCAUUCUUCUACUUUGUUGGCAGUUUGGUGAUGUUGUGGUCACCUAAUGUCUACAUUUUGCUUUUAGCAAGGUUAUUGGAUGGUUUUGGAAUAGGGCUUGCUGUGACCCAAGUUCCUGUGUAUAUAUCUGAAACUGCCCCACCAGAGAUUAGGGGAUCUUUAAAUACACUUCCUCAAUUCACUGGCUCUGGUGGAAUGUUUUUAUCAUACUGCUUGAUCUUUGGAAUGUCCCUCAUGGCAUCACCUAGCUGGAGAAUAAUGCUUGGUGUUCUUGGUAUCCCUUCAGUUUUCUAUCUUCUAUUUGCAUUUUUGUACUUGCCAGAAUCACCAAGGUGGCUCGUGAGCAAGGGAAGGAUGUCUGAAGCGAAGAAGGUUCUAAAGAGAUUACGUGGCACCGAAGAUGUCUCAGGUGAAUUGGCAUUGCUAGUUGAAGGACUUGGUGUUGGGGGUAAAGCUUCAAUGGAAGAGUACAUUGUAGAAUCAGCACAGGAGAAAGAACCUGGCGCUGAGAAAGACACAAAGAUGUUAUAUGGAGCAACAGAAGGUCUUUCCUGGAUCGCGAAACCUGUGACUGGGCAGAGUGCCCCAGGUCUUGCAAACCGUCAUGGAAGCAGGGUGCACCAGAGUUUUGUUGACCCUAUUGUGACUCUCUUCGAAAGCUUCCAUGACAAUUUUCCUGAUCAAGGAAGCAUGAGGAGUGCACUUUUCCCUAAUUUUGGGAGCAUGAUUAGCACGGCAGAUGUUAUUGCUCACGGAGAUCAGUGGGACGAAGAAAAUCAAGAGGGAGAAGAUGAUGAGCCAACAGCUGAACCUGCAGGAGUGGAGGAUGAUGAUGAUGAUAACUUGAAUGCUCCGUUGAUUUCACGGCAAACAACAAGCAUGGAGGAGAAGGACAUGGGUAUCCCUCCUGUCUCGCAUGGUACUGUUAUGAACUUAGGGUACAAUGGAAGCGUCCUCGGGGAAACUGUUAGUACUACAGGCAUCGGUGGGGGUUGGCAAUUGGCAUGGACAAUGGAGGAUAGAGAAGGUGAAGAUGGAAAGAAAGAAAGGGAGUUUAAAAGGAUGUAUUUACAUCAGGAUGGAGGACCUGCUUCCAUGCGUGGAUCUCUUGUUUCACUUCCUGGUGGUGAUUAUGAGGAAGAUGGAGAUUGCAUACAGGCUUCUGCUCUCGUAGGUAAUCCUGCUAUGUAUUCCAAGGAGCUUUUAGAUCAAUAUCCUGUUGGUCCUGCAAUGCUUCAUCCAUCUGAAAUUGUUUCCCAAGUACCAACCUGGAAAGCUCUACUUGAUCCUGGUGUCAAGCGCGCUUUAAUUGUUGGAGUUGGUAUUCAAAUGCUUCAGCAGUUUGCUGGUAUAAAUGGUAUUCUAUAUUACACUCCGCAAAUUCUGGAGGAGGCAGGAGUAGAAGUUCUUCUUUCAGAUCUAGGGAUUAGUUCUACAUCUGCAUCAUUCCUUAUCAGUGCACUAACCACCUUCUUGAUGCUUCCCUGCAUCGCCGUUGCUAUGAGGCUCAUGGAUAUAUCUGGUAGAAGGUCACUAUUACUUGCUACAAUUCCGGUAUUGAUAGCAUCGUUGGUUAUCCUUGUAAUAAGCUGUAUGGUUAACAUGGGAAGUGUGAUUCAUGCGGUUAUCUCCACCACAUGUGUGAUUGUGUACUUCUGCACAUUCGUCAUGGGUUAUGGACCAAUACCAAACAUCUUAUGUUCCGAGAUCUUCCCAACUCGAGUGCGUGGUGUUUGUAUCGCAAUAUGUGCCUUAGUUUUCUGGAUAUGCGACAUUAUCGUCACCUACUCGUUGCCCGUGAUGCUCACUUCUAUUGGUUUGGGAGGCAUCUUUGCAAUAUAUGCUGUGGUUUGUGUCAUAUCUUUGGUGUUUGUGUACCUUAAGGUCCCAGAAACCAAGGGAAUGCCCUUAGAAGUUAUCACUGAUUUCUUUACAGUGGAUCCUAAACAAUUGAAAGCUGCCAAGGCUGAGUAGCAACAACUCAUCCAUCAUAAACAACUUACCAGAUUACUAGUUUUCUUGUUGGGAGAGUAUGAAAUAUGAAUGUUGUGAUGAUUGUUUUAACUGAGAGACUAGUUUCGAUUCAAAAACAGUUAUAUUGGAAAAUCAGCCUUUCUAUAUACUUCAUACUAAUAUUAUAUAUAUAUA